AGUAUGGUGGAUGAACACUGUGAAGAUUGGGAUGAAUUGUGGGCUACUGUUAAGUGUUUGAAGUCGGGGGCAAAGAAAUGUGUCAGUGCAGCGUCGUUGUGGGAGAUACAGGAGAUGGGGCCGAAGCAGUGGAAGAAGACGGAUUUUCGGCCGAAGACUGUCGAGGAAUUUGAAGACAGAAUACAAAAAGAGAAGAAAAAACGUGUGAAGACAGAAUAUGGAAUUAUUGAAGGCGAGUUCAUGUACAAGACGUAUGUCAUGCGCCUUUUCGGAGACAGAGAGAGGUGUCUGAAGAGGCUCUCCAAACCAGGCCGUGACACAGCUCCAUCUCGAAAGAGCAUUUCAGACCCCAGCAUCCCUAUCGCGUAUUUCCUAAACUUUGAAGAGACAGAAGCAUCUAUGUAUUUGGAAACUGAGAAGGCUGCCAAGAAAAAGAAAAGAAAGGUAUUCAGUUCUGUGAACAAAGAAUCGGGCCAAAUUCUGAAACGUCUAAAGACACAGGGGGUUGUACCUCCUACGUUGAACAAGGAGAAUCAGGACCCUAAUCAGCAGGUUCCUUCAGGUUCAAACUUAACCAAGCCUGAUGAAGUCUCCUCAGAACCAAACUUAACCAAGCCUGAUGAAGUCUCCUCAGAACCAAACUUCACCAAGCCCGGUGAAGUCUCCCCACAACCCAACGAGGAGCCAGCUAACAGAGUCAUUGCAGUCAGCACUAGGAGCAUUGGCACUCAGACUGAUCAAACUGCUGAUAUGGACGCCAUCCAAAAACUAGACGACAAGGUUUCCCAAAUAUCAGUAAAAAUUUGCCAAGGGUGGAGUGCAGCCUCUUCAAAUAGUGCCAUUAUUAACCUUAAGACUGCGGUCCCACUUGAGGAGGAAUGGACUCAUCUCGAAAUUCCAGCUGACAAGAUCUAUGUAGGGUGUGGUUGCGUUGUCACAAGACAGGACGUCUUGGCAAUAGAAGAGGAAAACAAGUAUCUCACAAAGAGGGGAGAGGCCCUCUUUGAGCUACUGGCUAAGGCAUACAACGAACCAGAGAAGAGUAUGAUGUAUUACAGCUUGACAAAAAAGGGGGCUCGGAAGUUCACUAGAGAUGGAGUUUCCAUAGCAAUAAAAGUCAUGAACCCCACACUAGUUAAAGCCAUGAGAUGCAUACUGCGGGCAAUGUAUUGGGACGAUCAAGUGGAGGGAUCACCCGAAAAAAUUCAAAAUUUUCUGACAACACAGCCAGGUGAAGUGCGGCGGAGGGGAACAAAGAAGAAGAAUAAAGUAAAGGUAGUAGUGGUAGAGCGAAUAGAGUCAGGUGAAGAGUCAGGUGAAGAGUCAGGUGAAGAGUCAGGUUCAGGGUCAGGUUCAGGGUCAGGUUCAGGGUCAGGUGAAGAGUCCGGUGAAGAGUCAGAUGAUAAAACCUAACUUUUAACAUGUUCUUUUUUUUCAAUAUUCUGUUUAAAGAAUGCGCAUGCUCUAAGUGCUACAUGGUUAUGUAGCACAUUUGAGCUGUUAAAGAUUGCUCCAAGUGCUCAAUUGAGCUGGAAACUAUUAUUUGUAUUUGAAUUUGUACAUAUUUGUACAUAUUGUACAUAUGUGGCUUUAUUUUUUAUAAAUUGUCUACCAAUUUGAAAUAAAAUGUAAUGAGUAAUGAU